CAACCAAAAACCCAAUAAACCUCCUAACUCUUCUUUUCUUCUUUUUCCUGAUUUGGAUUUGAAGUUUACUAGCAAUUUGCAACCAAGAUGCCAUUGGAACUAAAUCCUGAAACUCCAGUUGUUGGUUGCGAAAUCAUUCUUAUUGGUUCCUUUCAUUCUAAAGCAGGUUAUGUUAUUCCAGACGACUCAUUGAAUUUCAACUGGUAUAGGCUGCAAAACGAAGAGAGACUCAUUUGUUGGGAACACCCUAGUCAAAUAGCUACUUUCCAGUGCAGAGCUUGUGCAGUGUCAGGCAAACAUGUGAAGGAGACUUUCCACUGCACUCUGAAGUGUUACAAUGAUCAUUGGCUGAACCACCACAAAAGUCAUCCUAAAGUAGCAGCCUCGUUACAGACGAUUACAAAAGUUAAGGAUCAUGGGUAUGACUGUACUUGCUCAUCGUGUUCAGCUUUUGAUGUGUCCCCUGCUUUUGAUCUGGAUUUACUAGUUAAUAAGAAUGCAAAAGCAGUGCAUAGGUCAUGGGUUAAAGUGGGUAUUUCAAAAACCUAUACACCCACAAUAGAGGAUUUUGGAUAUAGAUUAAAACUGGAAGUCGUUCCAACAAUCUUUUGUGCAGGAAUCCCUUGGGUCCCAAUCGAAUUACAGACUAAUCAUGUAAUCAUUGCACCUCCGCCUCGCUAUAUGGUUCCAGUUAAACCUUUGGAUUGUUUUAGUAGCUUUAAUUUGGAAUCACAAACAUGUGCUGCUAGGCCUUUUAGUCUGCUCUCUUACAAUGUCCUUGCUGACGUGUAUACUAUGACUAAUAAAUUCUACUACUGCCCUGCCACGGCUCUUAAUUGGGAAUACCGUCGUCAAAGUUUGCUUCGUGAGAUUGUGAGAUACGAUGCAGAUAUCAUUUGUCUCCAGGAGGUUCAAAGUGAUCAUUUUGAAGACUUCUUUAAGCCCGAGCUUCAAAGGUUUGGCUACUCAUCUGUAUAUAAGCGAAAAACGAAGGGGUUGUUUACUUAUAAAAGAGAGUACACAUAUGAUGGGUGUGCCACGUGUUUUCGCUUUGAUAAAUUCAGACAAGUUGAGAAAUAUGAGCUCGAGUUUAAUACUAUUGCGCAAGAACUAGCCGAGUCACUUGAUGAAGAUCAGAGACAUAGCAUGAUGAAGGAUAAUGUUGCACUUGUAACAAUAUUGGAGACAAUCGGAACUGAACCACUUUGUGACACAUCAAUUCGUAGAAUUUGUGUGGCAAAUGUUCAUGUGUCUGCCAACCCACAAUUUAUGGAUGUAAAACUAUGGCAGAUUGGAACCCUUAUUGAAGGUCUGGAGCGAAUUGUAGCUCGUUCAUAUGUUCCGGUUCUCAUUUGUGGGGAUCUUAACUCUCUUCCAAGAAGUGCUGCUCAUAAUCUUCUAGUUAACGGUAAGGUGAAUCUUAUGCAUGAGGAUUUGGUGAAGACUCCUUAUGAAAUAUUUCAACAUCUCAAGCUUUCUCAUAAACUGCCACCUCUGGCAAGUGCAUAUUCAUCCUUCUCAAGGGCGACAAAUGGGGAUUCUAAACAAUGGAGUUUGAUGAAUCCAAAUACACAGGAGCCUCGAUUCACUAUUGCUAGACCCAAUUUCCGUUCUGCAAUAGAUUAUAUUUUUUACACAGAGGAUAUGUUGACAGUGAGAAGUCUACUAGAAUUGGUUCAUGUGAGGUCUGCAAUUAGGGAUACAGCUUUUCCAUCAGCAAUGUGGCCGUCGGAUCACAUUGCCCUCAUGGCUGAAUUCUCAUGGAAGACUCCACGCCAAAAUCAACUUGCGAAUAAUCGUGAUAUAACAAACAGUUCUGUACAAUAAAAAAACUAUACCUUUAAAUUCAAAUUUAGCAUUGGCAUCUGUGGUUACACAAGGUUGUUAGAGACAUACAGUUAAAAAACAGUCCAUUACAAACAGAAGAGGGAGAUACAAUUCCACAAUAAUGUUAAUGAAAUUGUAGAACAAGUAAAAUUAUUUUUUCUGUCC